AUUUUUCUUACCUUUCAAGAUUUAUCAUGAAUAGAAAUUCAGAAGAAGUGACUGGUAUGAAACUGGAUGAUGAGGCAGUUCGCAGUCUCCGCCAGGCCCGAGUUUUACGCGAAUUUGAACUCGGAAUCAAUCAUCUGGACUUUUCUCCAAAUGCGGAAUGGCUGGUGGGCAGUGGAGAAGACGAUCAGAUUGUCGUUUACGGUUGUGACACUGGUUUGAAGAAGAACGUGAUCUUCUCGAAGAAGUACGGUGUUGAUUUGGUUCAGUUCGCGCCUCGGUCGAAAUCCUCUGCGAUAUACGCGUCAACGAAAAUCGACGAUACUUUGAGAUAUUUAAGUUUGGUGGACAACAAAUACAUACGGUACUUCAAAGGUCAUGGAAAGCGGGUCUGUGGACUUCAUAUGUCGCCGAGAGAUGGAUGCUUCUUGAGUGCAUCACUCGACAGGACUGUUAGAUUGUGGGACCUGCGAAAUAAUAAUGCAGUUCAUACCUUACAGAUCAAUGGACGACCGUUCGUUAGUUACGACCCCGAAGGCGCAAUUUUUGCGGCAUUCCCUACCGUCGACAGCAUAUCGCUUUUUGAUGCUCGAUUCCUAUCGAAAGGUCCUUUCAAAUCCGUGCCUCACGGAAUUACUUCCAAGUCUGUGGAAGAUAUCACCGGGAUCAAGUUCAGUCCUCACGGUCGGCACAUUAUGCUGAUAUCAAAGAACCAGAUCCACGUGUUCGAUGCGUUCACGGGGACCAAGUUGAAUCUGAAUCUCAGUGGUCACGCAAACAGGAGCGGGGUUCCAUUAGAAGCCAGUUACUCGCCAGAUUCCCAGUUUAUAUUUUGCGGUUCGACGGACGGCCGAGUGCAUGUGUGGAAUGCCCAGAAGGGAUACAAGGUCUGUGUUUUGAAAGCGGAUUCGUCUUCGGAUCCGAUUCGGUGUGUGAAAUUCUCGCCCAAGCAUAUGUUGUUGGCGACCGGGUGCUCGGUUGUGUCUCUGUGGUUUCCCGACGUGCGUGAAUUGAGCAACUUUGAAGACGAGGACGAAGAACUCGUGAUGAACGAAUUUCUAUCUUAA